AUGUCGCGCGAGCCAAGCGAUGAGGAUAUCCAGUCUUUCUUGGAGUUCGCAGGCCUUGGCGAGAGCGACAGGCCUCUUGCCACUCGAGCCCUCAGACAAUCCAAUGCCGAUGCCAACCAAUUAAUAGCGGAAUUCUACGAUGAUGAGGUGGCGUUUCGAAAGAAAUACUCGUGGGAUGAAAGCGCGUUCACAGCGGACCGGGACGGCUCAGAGGGCCCAAUGUCCUUCCACAUCGAAUCCGCUCCCGACCACGGCAGCGGACCUCAGAUUCUCCACGGAGUCGUUCCAGGACAGGAUACACCCUAUUACAGCGGAGCCGCACCUUCACGUCCCCCUACCCCAACGAAGCGACGUUCACCACUUGGUCCUACUGCCGCAGACGACGAAGACGAGGAUUUCAGACGAGCUCUUAUGGAGUCCGCUACGGAGGCUGGACUCAAAGCACCGCCUCAGGUCUCGGGAGUCAUGGGCGAUUUGCCUAUGUUUGGCCCGGCGAACAGAGAGGAGUACGACGAAUCGCAGUGGGCUAUUGUCCGUCCAGACAAUGUCUCGGGAAGCACGCCUACGCCUACCAGCGUGUACGCCUCGGCGCGCAAGAGAGAUUCGAACACGCCCGCUCUCCUACUCAACGAUGCCACCACUGCGGAUCACCGGAUAGGCUCAAUCCUUACUAUUCUCCAUGAGAUUCCGCUUGCUCGAAACACCCUUCUAGAAGUUGGUCCUCCUGCUACAAGCUACGGUCAUAACAGCGAGUGGUGGGCCGGCAAACCUAUCCUGCCGCCUCACAUUCUCGCGCGGAUGCAGACGUCCGGCGAUGACGGCAUGCCCGAUUUGCCGGAGGUUGUCGCCUUUAACCACGAGGUUCAUCGCCUCAUGAGCUUUCUAGACUCCUCCGAGCGCAGCUUUGGCUCUACUUCCGUCCUGUCCGAGUUGGUAGUCAACUCGUGGGACUACGACGAAGCGCUCUUCGCCAAUCUAGUUGAGAAUUACGGUCCUGAUUGCAUUAAGCCGAUCACGCAUGACGCCUGCAAUUUCGAAAUCGGCCCCGCCGGUCGUCUCCCCACAGAAGACGACCGCCAAGUCAACCCCGUCAACUACCUCAGGCUCGGCCUGACGGAGGAUACCUACACCCGUGUCAAGACGAUCUACGACGUCUGGGACUAUGAACUGUGGCGCCCGGCGCUUGUCGACGAGCUUGACACGCCCUUGGAGAAGAUUUCCAUGACCCUCUUCGCCGAGAUGAGAGAGGUCCUCGUCGUCUCCGUAACGGACCCGUUCCGAUCCUCCAAAUUCGAAAUCCCCGAGACCUUCAGCCCGCAGCGCUACCUCUGGGCGCGCAGAAAAGAAGCCAUCGGCAUCCAGUGGAUGCGCCGCCGCGCCAAGGCCAAGCGCGACGAGGUCGAGAAGAGGGAAUCCCCUCCCGAUCAGCCUUCGAUCCAGGACCGUCUCAAGAGCCUCGCGGCCGAGGCGAAGCGCGCGGAGAUCCUGAUGAAGUAUUCGGAGACGAGCGCGCGGUUCAGGGCGUUUGAGCAGUCCGGGUAUGAUCGGAAGACGUAUCCUAAUGGGGCGGCGGAUGCGCCUUGUGAUUUUACGGCUGAGGAGGAGGAGAGGUAUAAGGGGUUGAGGAAGAUUGGAGAGGAGAUGAAUCGGCAGAUGGAGCAGCUCCAGAAGGAGAUCGAGGAAAUCGAGGAGGAGAAGAAGCGAUGCGCCGAGGUCGAUAAGUUUAUCGGCUCUCUCCUCACGGAUCCUAACAAAUCCGGUUCCUUAACCUGCAACAAGUACACGCUUCGCGGAAUUGCUACUGGCAAGGACAUCGUCUACGUCUGCAGGAGGGCCGAACCUACCUUGAUCGAGUUGGCGGAUAGCCCUGCUGCCCCCAAGGAUCAGUGGUGGAGACUUGAAUAUACUGGCAACAGGCAGAUGCCUGUCAAGGCUGAGACGGUCGACUUCGAGACGAUCCACAACGCCAUGUGGGACGAAUCGAACUCCCUCAUGCUGAUCUACGCCACCGAGGAAGCCAUGAGCACGCCCAAGAUUCCCCUGCCGGACGCCCUCCAGCGCUUCAUCAAAGUCGACAACCGCAGCUUCCAGAAGGAGAUUGAGCAAGAGGAAGAAGCAACGGCCGCGGCCACAGCCGGCGGGGACGUGCCGAUGGAGACCCUCGAGUCUUUCGACAUGCGGUCCCGAUCGGGCAGCGUCGACUCGAUGGCGACGAAUCGCGCGUCAAUCGGCUCGAUGGAUUCCCGGGAGGGAGAUUUCCGCGGCGACGAGUUUGGUGGGAUGGAUGUUGAUGAUGAUGAUGACCUCAUAACAGAGGCGUCUCAGCCUGGUGCCGGCGAGGAGGACGCGGAGCUUAUUAAUGUUGAGUCUCCCGUUCUUGGACGGGGCGAGCAAGGGCCUGGUCUGAGUGCGCCUCUGUUGCCUCCUCCUGCGAAGGUCGACGGUGACAAUAAGGAGGAUGUCCCGAUGCAGGAGAUGAAGGAGGUUAGUACUAAGCCUAUCUUUGUUAGGGAGCAGGAGAGGGGUCGGCAGCGGCCGGACCAAAGUUAG